AUGUGCCACCUCCGUAUCGGAAAGCUUCGAGCAUACGAAGAAAGCGAAGUCAAGCACAUCCGACAUUCGGAAGAUACCCGCGCUCUCCGACCGGGUGACAUUAUCCAGACUUUUGACCACAUUUGCGAAUGGGACGAAGACUGCGUGUCUUUCGACGUGUGCGAAAGCUGGCGGGGUCUUGGUGACGCCUUGUGCGACGAUGCUCUGCGGCAUGUGUUCAGCGGUCCGUCGUCGAGCGUAGGAAAAGACCUGCUCAAGACUUUACAAGAACAGGCCUCAGCUAGAAGCGGCACACCCAACGCGGCGCAUGACUUUCUAGAUGACAUAAGUCAGGCCCCGCCUGCGGGAAUUCUGGCAUCUAAGGAGGAGAUAGUUCUGGCCCAGAAUUUCUUUCUCGACAACUCCAUUCAGAUCAUGCAAGCGCUUUUGCAUUACAGCCUUGCUGGAGGCUUCGCGAGCCCACGCAUCGUCCGAACGCUGGAAGCCGUCUCAUAUCUGGUCCCUCACGUGAACCACGACAAAGGCGGACAAUCUUCCUCAGACCUAUUGGCAGAUGUCCUGUCCAACAUCACCAAGGCGUCCACAGAUAGGACCUUUGCACGGCUCUCGGAAACGAUGCAAUUCAUUCUGGACGUCAUGGGCUGCACAGCGUCCGCAAUUCCCACUCACCCCGCCCCAGAAGACGAUCCCCAUGAAAUUCAUAGACAUGCGGACCAGAAGGAUACACAUUCGAACAUAGAUGCUUUGGCGUACCUCAUGCCCGGUGGUGAAGGUUGGCGGUCUACCGUGAGGGUACGACUUCUACACGGCAUAGCCCGCUGGCGGGUAGAAGAACGCUGGUCAAGAGAAGGCAACGCGCAACCUGGUGUUCCUAUAAGCCAAGAAGACAUGGCAGCGACGCUCGCUGCAUUCUCGACCGUCCCCAUAUGGUCCCUCCACCGCCUCGGCCUCCCGCCCUCCCCCGCCGAAGCCAGCGCAUACCUCGCGCUCUGGCGGCACGUCGGCUACUACCUCGGCGUCUCACCCCAAAUCCUCCUCCGCCACUUCCGCGCCACCCAAACCGCCGACAAGUUCCUCGCGACCGCCGCGCUCCACCUCUUCUCCGACCCCACCUCCACCUCCGCCUCGUCCCCCUCGCCCCUCCGCGGCCCAACCAUCCCCAUCCUCGUCGCCGUCUCGAACCGCGCCCCCCUCCACACCUCCCUCUCCUACAACAUCGCGCUCACGACACACCUCCUCGGGCCCUCCCUCUCCUUACACCUCGGCCUGCCGCCCACCCCUCUGAGCGCGCGCCUCCGCAUGCACGCGUUCCUCCUCCUGCAGCGCGUGCCGCACGUGUUCGCGCGCUGGUACCCGCGCGCGGGCUGGCGCGAGAAGCGCAGGGACGUGCUGCGCGAGGGCAUGGUGCGCAGUGUAAGGUGGAAUAUGGGGCAGCGAAGGACGGCGUUUCGUCCGCGGACGAUGGUGAGGGAUGUUGGGGAGGACGGGGACGGGCAGGAUGGUGGCGCGGGUGGGGAGCUGGCUCCGGGUGUUGUGGAGGCGGAGGGUAUUCAGCGGGACCCGGUGCGGGCUAAGGUGCUCGGGAGGAUGUGGUCGGAGGUGUGGAAAGAGAUGGUCGCUGUAUGCGUCGCUGUUGGCGUUGUGGCCGUUGUCGUAUAUCUUACAUUUGGCAUGGUAGUAGCGAGAGGAUAG